AUGGCCACAUCCAGGUCAUCUCUGUCGCAGCAGCCGGGCGCCAUGGGGCACUCAGCUGAGCAACAGACGUGGGAGAACAAGAUCGAACAGGCCAAAGUUGGCAAACAGGAUCUUAAUGCACUCCUAUUCGAUUAUUUUGUGACCGAAGGCAUGUCGGAGGCUGCCGUCGAGUUUGCCCGUGAGACGGGCAUCUCGAUUAACAUCGACCAAGACGCAAUUCAAGAGAGGAUGGAGAUUCGACAGGCGGUCGAAGACGGGCGAGUUGAAGAGGCCGUGCGCCGCGUCAACGAGCUGGAUCCAGAGAUCUUGGAUACCAACCCGCCGCUCCUCUUCCACCUGUUCUUGCUGCGCCUUAUCGAGCUCAUCCGCGCGGAUCGUAUCGACGAGGCACUGCAACUCGCAACCCUUGAACUGGCGCCGCGCGGAGCUCAGAACCCCGAAUUCCUCGCUGAUCUUGAACGCACGAUGGCGCUUCUCGCCUUCCCCAACCUUGCAAAGGAAGAGCUGAGCGAAGACCCCGCGUUCUCGCCCAUCACCCAACUCAUGAAGCGCACGCAGCGUGUCAAGGUGGCCAAAGAGCUGAACGCGGCAAUUCUCGAGAGCCAGGGCUAUGGGAUGGAGAGCAAACUCAGCGUUCUCGUUCGUCUGAUGGCAUGGGGAGAGCAGAAAUUGAUCAAGGCGGGUGUCGGCGUCGAUGACGACCGUGGACGCCAGUGGUCCGACGUUGUACUUAACGAAGCGUAG